AUGGAGAGACUUCAGAGACUUAUGAUGAACCAGAGGGCUGGUAUAAUGGGUGGAGCUGCGGCGGCAGAAACCCCUAUGGACGACACCAAGGAAACGGUAUAUAUCUCAUCGCUGGCGCUCCUGAAAAUGUUGAAGCACGGCCGCUUAGGAGUUCCGAUGGAGGUCAUGGGUCUGAUGUUGGGAGAAUUUGUGGAUGAUUACACAGUUAACGUGGUGGAUGUUUUCGCCAUGCCGCAGUCGGGAACUGGAGUUUCGGUGGAGGCGGUGGACGACGUUUUUCAAGCUAAAAUGAUGGACAUGUUAAAACAAACCGGCAGAGAUCAGAUGGUCGUCGGUUGGUACCACUCACAUCCCGGAUUUGGGUGUUGGUUGUCGUCUGUCGAUGUGAACACGCAAAAAUCAUUUGAGCAAUUGAACAGUCGAGCUGUAGCCGUUGUGGUCGAUCCCAUCCAGUCCGUGAAAGGCAAAGUGGUUGUUGAUGCCUUCAGGCUAAUUGAUACAAACAUGAUAAUGAGGAACCAAGAACCAAGACAAACAACUUCGAAUGCAGGACUUUUGAACAAGCCCAAUAUACAGGCCCUCAUCCACGGCUUGAAUAGACAUUACUAUUCGCUCAACAUUGACUACCACAAGACAAGUGCCGAAACAAACAUGUUGCUGAACUUGCACAAGGAGCAGUGGCAGUCAGGUUUGAAAAUGCACGACUACCAAGAGAAGGAACAGCACAAUUUGCAAGCUACUCAGAACAUGUUAAAGAUUGCCGAGCUGUAUUCUAAGAGGAUAGAGGAAGAGAAAGAGCUGACCGAAGAUGAGUUGAAGACACGCUACGUCGGUAAACAAGAUCCUAAGAAGCAUUUGUCAGAAACGGCAGAGUCCGUUCUUGAAGAAAACAUAGUAUCUGUACUAACAGCGGGUGUAAACUCAGUCGCUAUAAAAUAG